AUGACUAUCACGUGUCGGUGGUGUAAACACAUAGUCAUAUUAUUAGUGAAGAAGGAGAGAAGAGAAGAGAAGACCCUCUGUCUCUCUGUAUGUGUUUCUCUAAUUGACGCAGAGAAGAAAGUUGCAGUACUGGCUGGGUUAAAAAGAAUAGUGGUGACUCAGAAUCGGACAAGGAAGAGCAAGAGCAAGAGCAAGAGCAAGAAGAAGAAGAAGACAGUAGUAUGCAAACAGAAAUUGAAAUCGAAAUUGAAAUUGAAAUUGAAAUUGAUGCGUAAUAUUUGGCAAACUAUGAUUUUCCCCGUCAGGCGUCUCUGCCUUGCUAUCUCUACUCGCAUCAACCAUCGCAAAAACGGAGCAGGAUUGCUGAAGCUUCAGGAUGAUGUACAAACUUGUGAAUAUGAGGAUGUACAAGUGAUGUGGGAAAUGUUACACAAAAAUGAAACUCAAGUUACAGAACACAACCACCAUAAGCGCAAACAACUCCCCUUCUGGAGAGUCUUUGGCAUGCUCCAACCAUCACAAUCUUCAAAUCACUCUUAAAACUGCCGCUCAUCUACACCAAUUCUUGGUUACUUUUUAUUACUCCAACUACUUAAUAUACAGUACUAUAACAUAAUUAUUAUAUCAGGUUUCUCUCUUACAACUUCAACUGUACUAUUGUACCACAGUAGUAUAGUAUGUAUUUAUGUAAAUAUGCCCAAUAACUUUAUUUUGAGGAAUAGUA